AUGGAUAUAGAUUCAUCCCAGACUAAUACCACUUCUAUCCCUACCACUCACUUUACUUUGGAACAGCAAAAACAUCUACCUUUACCAGAUUCACAUAUAUAUCUACCAAUACUUUCACAAAACCAUAGAGAGAAAGAAGAGAAACUGCUACAUCCGACAAUAAUAACAACAACAACAACUGCUACUACACCAAUAACAACAACAUCUUCUACAACUUCUAAAUAUAUAAAAAGCAAAUCAUCUAAUAUUACUUAUACUACUACUUCUACAAAUAGUACAUCCGAUGAACCAAUAAAUCAUCAAGCCACGGAUACCACAAUUUUAAAAUCUAAAACGCCUAUAUCAGCAUCACAAACAACAACAACAACAACAACAUUUGAAAAGAAAAAAAUUAAUAAUAAUGACGCUAAAAUACAUCUGAUUGCAGGUGCUCUAUCGAGGUUAACGGAAUCAUCUAUAAUGUAUCCACUUUCUACAAUAAAAACAUUACUACAGUUCCAGGGUGGUACAGCAUCACAUUCCAUUAGACAAAACUAUCGUGGAAUAUUCAAUGCUUUCAUUACCAAUGUAAAGAGUGAAGGUGCCACUAAACUGUAUCGAGGGUUCUUUCCACAUCUACUCUAUGUAAUUCCUUCGGCAUCAAUUAGUUUUGUAUGCUAUGAAGCUAUUGCCAAACACUUUAGAAAGAAUCAACAUGAGCUGCACCAAUCAACCAACAACAACAACAACAGCAGCAACGGGGAUAAAGAUUAUCGAGAUAUCAUAUUACCACUCAUUGGAAUGAGCUUGGCGAGAAUGUCUGGAUCUGUCAUUAGAACACCGUUCGAUAAGAUCGUAAUGAUGAUGCAAAUCAGUGGUAACUUGAAGCGUGAUCAUUCUGGCGGUGGAUCUGCAAGAGAAUUACUCCGACGCAUCGUAAGCAAAGAGGGAAUAGGUGGUCUCUUUAAGUAUAGCUAUGUAUCGAUCUUGAGAGAUCUUCCAUUUACUUUUAUCUAUUUCACUGGCUAUGAAGUCAUGAGAAACAACCUACGAGCAAGAGACGGAGGUAAGCAUGAAGUUUCGAGCAUCGAAUAUGUUAUCAUUGGUGGAUUGGCUGGUGCCAUUGCAACUGUUCCAACGAUUCCCAUCGAUGUAAUAAAGACAAAGUUGCAAACUGAGGAUGCACUUCCCAGAAAGAACAGAUUCUCUGGAGUUUGGACUGCUGUACAGGGUAUUUUUAAACAAGAAGGUUUAAGAGGUUUCACAAAGAAUAUGACUAUGUGUACUACCAUCUUAAUCAAAGUAUUCAAAUAUCUUGAAGAAUACUCAAAAUGGAUUUUAUUGAUUGGUUUGAGAUGGUUUGGAACGGUUAAUUGCUUAUAUUCUCAUAUCUUGAAGAAUACUCAAAUGGAUUUUAUUUUUAUUUGUUUAUUUGCUGAUGAGGUGAGAUGGCGUUGGGAAGUUCCAGGUUUGGUGGUUCCAGAUGAGUUUGAACUCGUUUUUGCUUAUCAUCUUGAGGAUGUCAAACUCCCAGUCGAGAGUUUCCCCGGUAAAUAUGUGUAUGAUCCGUUUUAUGAUGGGUUUGUAGGUGUUGAGUAUUUUGCAUUUAAAGAGGUGGUGCUCGGUGAUCUUGAUCGGUGGGAGACCUGUGAAUACGAAUGUAAUAAUAAUCAUAUAUUUGUAAACUUAUCACAUGUUUUAUUAAACAAGAUAGUUGAAUUCAUACCAGAUGCGAUAGAUAGAUUAUGUUUCAGUUUAACUUGUAAAAGAUGGUUCGAAGAUCGUGAUAAAUAUCUUACUUUGGACAGAGAAGUGUUCUAUAGCACAUCGAAACAGUUGGAUGAAAUUAAAGAUUUUCAUCUUCAUUCCUAUAGGAAGCAAUACGAAACAGUUCUAAAGAAUCUCGAUGAUUGUGUAUUAUGUAUUGGAGCUCCCACAAACAUUUAUGAUGAAUAUGAAUUUACAUUUGACCAUAAAAAAAAUGAUAUAAAACAACUAAAAAUUGAUCCAGUUGUUUCAAAAAUUAAAUUCUUUUCAAACUGUAAUGUGGAAACGAUGUUAGCUGUUUAUGACAAAGUGGUCAGCUCCAAUGUUGUUGAAUAUGAAAUUUGUUUCGAUAAGAAUUUGGCCGUUGGUUGUAUACCAGCGAAUAUCAAAGAUGUUGUGUUUUUCAUGUUCAGUAAGCGUUUGGAGAAAGGUUGGCUACCGGAUUCAUUGGAGCACCUUGUAUUUGGAAAUGGAUAUAAUCAACCCUUUGGCGUUGGUACUCUUCCUGCUUCUCUAACAGAACUACAGCUUGGAAGCUAUACACAUAUUCUCUCGGCCGCUGUAAUUCCAAAACAAUUGGAAAGACUUCAUUUCAACUUUCCCUAUGAACUCAACCUACCGGCACUUCCCACCAGUAUUGAAGCGCUUUACGGUAUCUCUAACGUAUCGUUUAGUAAUAUUCGACAAUUGAAAUCACUACCGAAUCUCAACAAACUCUUACUUUACAUACGGCCAUCGGGAUACACUCUGAAACCAGAUGAUCUUCCAAAGACACUCGAUACCAUCUAUCUUGAGGCAUUCGACUCUACUGAACCAUAUACACUGCUACCGGAUGUCAUUCCAACACCGGCAGCAGAUUCCAACUAUGAAGAUCUGGAUAUAGGCGAAUGUUUAAACGCGCUCGAUCGAAGAAUCAUUCCUAGCUCCUGUACGAUAGAGAACCUCGAAAUUUGUUCUCGAAUGAACACUGCUCAACCUCUCUCAGUUGGUCAAUUACCAUCGAAAGUUAAGAAUCUUUCAAUGGGAAUUUAUAAUCAUCCUUUGGUAGCGGGAGUGUUUCCUGAAGGCUUGGAAGAGCUGAAUCUCGGCGAAGUUUACAACCAUGAAAUCCCUGUUGGUUUGAUUCCAAACACAUUGAAAACACUGAUUCUCAGUCAGGAAUAUACAUUACCACUUCUCCCUCAUUCCAUACCAGAAUCAGUGACCGACAUUGAUUUAUCAAACUAUGAUCAGACUCUAGCUGAUAAUGUACUUCCAACUUCACUUACAACUUUAAGAGUCGUUCAUCAAUUCCUUGUCAACAAUCCACUACAAACAAUGCCAUCAACUCUCGAAACACUAUUUGUAUUAAUUCCAAAUUUGGAUGAUCAACAUUAUUAUAUUAGAAAACUUGACAACAAAACCAAUCAUUAUCUAAUGAUUGCAGAUGGUGGAUUAGAAGGUGGAAUCAUUCAUUUUGAUAUUCUAAAUCAAUUAAUAUUAAAUGAUAAAGUUAAUGAUGAUAAUGAUGAUAAUGAUGAUAAUGAUGAUAAUGAUGUUGAUGAUGAUAAUGAUGUUGAUGAUGAUGAUAAUGAUGAUGAUUCAUAUGGGUGA